GGUCGUGUGUCGUGUGUCGCAGCACAUUUGAGAUUUGAGCGAUUGCCGGUUUCGUAUAAAGAGUUGUUACGAAAUAUACGGAAGAAUAAACGUGAUAAGCGUCUGAUAGUUCGCUGUUUAACCGAUCAUAACAAAAGGACUAAAAAUACAGACCACAAUGUGCCUCGCCAAUAUAUCCGGCGUGCCGGAUAAACAUUGGCAGCCCCCCUUCGUUGUGUUUGAGACCUCGAUGGGUGAAAUAACCUUCGAGUUGUACUGGAAACAUGCUCCUAUCACGUGCAGAAAUUUCGCCGAGCUCACGCGACGUGGGUAUUACAAUGGCACCAAGUUUCACAGGAUCAUCCGCGACUUUAUGAUUCAAGGUGGAGAUCCUACUGGGACAGGGAAAGGUGGGAUGUCUAUAUAUGGUGAAUGUUUCGACGACGAGAUACAUGACGAUUUAAAACACACAGGUGCUGGAAUAUUAUCAAUGGCAAAUUCUGGGCCAGAUACAAACGGAUCGCAGUUCUUCAUAACGCUUGCACCUACUCAGUGGCUUGAUGGAAAACAUACUAUAUUUGGUAGAGUUUAUACUGGCAUGACAAUAGUGAAAAGAAUUGGACUAGUUGAGACGGAUAAGAAUGAUCGACCAGUGGACGACGUUAAAAUAGUGAAAGGAUCCGUGAAGAACGCUUGAUUUUCCGAAGGAAAUCUCUCAUAAGGCACAAAUCAUAAUUUUUAACAUUUUGAAACAAAAGCUAUAUAUCUUUAUAUACGUCUUUAUUUUCCUCUUUUAUAUAAUUUGUCACGAUUGAUAAAGAUUCUUAUUUAUUGCAA